AUGCCUUCGUAUUUCUACCAUCUCAAAUUUGAGCUUUACCCUACGCCUACACCAGAUCCAUCCACAGGAAAUACUACAGAAAGAUCUUCCCGAACAAACAAUCCAGGAACCAGGGCUGACAACAUCUGGUUCCCGUCUAAAAACGCCAGCGUCUUCGACCGACUCCCUGUCCACCGCCGCACGAGCAACUUGGCCCUAAGCUGUAGCAGGAAACCGACAAGCAGCCCCAUUGCAAGCACCGAUAGUCAGUUACAGCAGGGCGUCAUUGACUGCGGCACACCUCGACCGGCGAACGCUGAAGCCGACAGGAACUUUGUCUUGCUGCGUGAGCGACAGCACCGCCAACGAACUCUGAGCAUUCCACCUCCCAAGUCUGACGCUGCUAUCAAACCCGAGGUAGCUACAAAGGACUGGCGGUUCGACCAACUGCGGAUCGAGAGCCUGGAUAUUGGUACGCCAAGAGAAGGAAACUACAAAGCCAUGGCAGGCGCGGGCGCAUCCAACUCGACUACCUCUGCCGCCGCCGUUGGGCCUUCUAUGAGCGAUGCCGGCAUAGCUACAAAGGCAAGAUAUGUGCCGUUUAAGACGACGAACACGGAGCUCGGCUGGGGUAUCGUUCAUCUUUACAAGGAGGCUGAUGAGACGCCGGGGCUGGACAUAGCAGGGCAUCAUGAUGAACCCCAAAACAGUCAAGAGCAGCUUAGAGAGGUGGACUGUACGACACUUUGCAUACCAGCUGUACCCAGCUAUCUUUCAGCAAGUGAUUUUCUAGGCUUUAUCGGAGACAAGUGGAGAGAUGAGAUCAGCCACUACAGAAUGGUCAUGACUGGUCGCAUGAACAGAUAUCUGGUACUGCUGAAGUUCCGGGAGAGCAAGCGAGCCCAACAGUUCAGACACGAGUUCGAUGGCAAGGUCUUCAACCACAUCGAGCCAGAAACUUGCAACGUGGCUUGCAUCAAGUCUAUCACAUUCGAGACCCCAACUCGGCCCCAGGACAGCUUCCCAGAUCUCAGCCAUGACCCCUUCACACCGUCGACGACUUCAUCUGGCCUUAAACCAUUACCUCCUCCGACGCCGAAUCUCACUGAGCUGCCGACUUGUCCCGUCUGCCUCGAGCGAAUGGACGAUACUACGGGCCUUUUGACUAUACCUUGCCAACAUGUAUUCCACUGUUCAUGUUUGCAGAAAUGGAAAGGAUCAGGAUGUCCCGUAUGCCGACACACAAAUCCGUCAUUGGCCAUGUCAAUUGCUGCAAGUGGUUCGGGUCAUGGCCCGUCAUCAUCGUCGCACGACUCUUCAGAUCCGUUCUCUACACCGUUUGGCUCUCACGUGUCCAACCUCUGCUCGGUAUGUGAUUCGCCCGACGACCUAUGGAUAUGUCUUAUCUGUGGCAACGUGGGGUGCGGUCGGUACAAGGGAGGGCAUGCGAAAGAGCACUGGAAAGACACAGCGCACACCUUUGCCCUCGAACUGGACACUCAGUACGUAUGGGACUACAUGGAUGAUGCAUGGGUGCAUCGGCUUAUUAGGACCAAGGGAGAUGGCAAAGUCGUAGAACUUCCGGGUCACCGUCAGGAUAGCCCCCACCGACGCAGCGAGGAUGACGAUGUCGUUCCCAAGGCCAAGCUAGAAAGCAUCGGCGUUGAGUACACACAUCUGCUGGCCAGCCAGCUGGACAGCCAGCGCGUUUACUUUGAGGCGAAGCUGUCCGAGGCAGCAGACAAAGCCAUGAAAGCGUCGGCCGCAGCAGAAAAGGCCACCUCUCAAGCCACUCAGGUGCUCGAGGAGCUGCGUGCCAUGAGGGAGGAGCAUAGGGUUUCUAAGGACACCGUGCCCGCUCUCGAAAAAGAUCUGACCCGCGAGCGCGUACGUGCCACAAAAUCAACCGACCUGGCGCGAAACUUGGGCAAAAACCUGCAAGAAGAAAAGAAGGUCAGCGAGGGUCUGAUGAAGCGGAUCGAGCACGUCAACAAGGAGCUCGAGACACUACGCGAUCAGAUGAAGAGGCUAGAGCUCGAGAAUGCAGACCUCAAGGACCAGAAUCAUGAUCUGACCAUGUUCAUCAGCGGGCAGGAGAAGCUGAAGGAGAUGGAGGCCGAGGGUCAGAUUGAUCAGGAGGAUCUACAGGAAGGGAGUGCUGUUGUACCCGAGAAGAAGGGUAGGCGGAACAAAGGGAAGGGCAGGGCUUGA